AGGGGGGCAGGCCGGGGAGAGAUGGUCUGAAAACUGAAGGUGGAUCAGUAGUGCUGACUGCCGCUGAUGUCGCUGGACGACAAACAGCAAGUCUUUGCCUUCGUGGUAGAAGUUUGUCAGGUUAUCCAGCACUGCUAAAACUUGUCUUUACACACUCUUCAACGCGUCCUUUUAUGAAGAACGACCCAAGAGGAUAUCGGACAUGAAGAAUUUGACUCGAGCGAUUUUCUUUUUUCAACUUCUGGCUUCAUUCGUCUUCAGCCCUGCCCUAGGCCAAAGUGAUGGCAGUGGGGUGGUGGUGGCUAUGUACAACAUGAGCGCCCCCCAGGGAUCUCGAGCAGUAUUGCAGUGUCAUAGUCAGCGCAUGGUGUGGACCCAAGACCGCAUUAAGGACCGCCAACGUGUAGUACACUGGGAUCUCCUUCGUAGUGGCCCAGCUUAUGCAAUGGAGCGUGUCAUAGACAUGUUUUCUGCUGGAGACCAGCGCAUCUACAAUGGAUACAACCAGGGACGCAUUAGUAUGCCCAAGACUGCUUUCAAAGAUGGCAACUUCUCAUUAGUUAUUGAAGACAUUGCAAUGACUGACAAAGGAAUCUACUCCUGUAAUCUGCAUCAUCAUUACUGCCACCUAUAUGAGUCAAUUAAAGUGCAGCUUAAUGUCACCAAGUCAGCACGUAAGGAGAGACGGUUCUGGGAUGGUCAGAAGGCUGUGUAUGUGGUUUUGGUGGGCAGCACGGUGGUUCUCCCUUGUGUUAACCGCCGGCCAAUAUGGACAGAAGGUAACAGUCAGGAGGACCAACAGCAGGUUGUGCAUUGGGACCGGCAACCUCCAGGGGUCCAACAUGACCGUGCCAAUCGUCUCAUCGACCUGUACGCCUCCGGCGAGAGACGUCACUACGGGCCACUAUUCGUUCAGCGAAAGAUGAAUAUUUCUGCCAUGGCAUUCUCACAAGGAGAUUUCUCUCUCAUCAUAUCAGACAUCCAGCAGAUUGAUCAGGGUCUAUACUCCUGCCAUCUUCACCAUCACUACUGUGGUCUGCACGAAAGACGCAUCUUUCAACUUACCGUGACCCCUCCGGUCCCUCAAGAACCCACCGAUGAACCACAACACCUUCCCAAUGAAGACCCAAACACCAACAUGGUGGAAGUGCCGCCACAUGUCAUCAACGUCAUCUUGCCUGAGCACAGAAGUCUCUUCUUUCAGCAGCUGGGCUACAUCCUGGCCAUCCUUCUCCUUCUGGCUCUUAUCGUGUUGGCUAUCAUUCUCCUCACACGUCGCCGUAAAAGACAAGGCCAAGAGUUUGAUCCACAGAAAAUUGAAAGCCCACCUUUGCCAACGGUGAAGUAUGUGGGCCACAAAUCAUAUGUUAAGAAAGAAUGUGAGCGAAGCAUCUCAGAGAUGAGGUCAAGCAACCAGGAAGAGACAAAGCUGGACUACAAGAACAAUCUUCUGAAAGAAGCAGAAAUGUCCAAACUGUGCUCCCCAAAAGCCAUUGAUUUGGACCGAGAGAUAGAGAAGCUGUCUUGGAAAUAGGAGGCACAUUGUCACUGGCUGGUCCAGGGGCAAAUUUGGAAAAGAAAAAAGAAAAUAAAGAUGGGUGAAAUAUAGCAAGGACAUGACAGAAAAGAAUGCGAGAGUAGCAUGGUUGUACAGUUUUUUCUUAUUCAAGAUCCAUCUUUUUUGGCUUUUUGACCAGUGACUGUGUGACACAGCUGUACACAGCAGAGUCAGUAUUUUGGACAACAGAUAUAGCAGACUAAUGGCAAAUAAUUUCUAUUUUAGCAUUAUAUCAACAAGCUUAAAUAUAUUAGAAAAUAGUCAUAUGUUUUUUCUUUGCCAAAUGCUGCCACACACACUAUGAGUGGGAAGUAAGUACACCCAGACUUACAGUGAGUGUUUUGAGUGUCAGAAUAUGUGUAUUGAUGUGAGGUUUGGGAUUUGUGUGACAUAAAUAAAUGGUUAGCUCAGAAAGCGUUAUGGUAGGAUGAAACUUCUUACUUAUCAAGUAUGUGGAAUCAAUAUAAAAAAGUGUUUUUCUUUUUAAAUCUUGCAUUUAACUUUAGUUUCUUCACUCAACAACAAUUUGAGCAGAUUGCUGAUUUAUGCAUUUCAUAAGAACUUUCCAUUAAAUUAAAGUAAUCUUAAAUAAAAUUUAUAAAAUAAAAGAAACGUUGAAUUUGUUGAAAAUUCUUAUACAUUAUUUCAUUUUGUUAAAGGUUAGUCAAUUCAAUUAGAUAGAAAUGUGUCAUGAAAUUGAAAUGUAUAAAUGUUAAGAUUAGGCAAAGUACUAUUUUAGUAACAACCUUUUAACCUUUACCAUUAUGCUUAUGUUUUAUACACAUUGUAACUCUCUAAAUUAAAAUUAUGUCUCUCUCCGCAUUUAGGCAGAACAGUUACUUGAACUGAUUUAAGUUAUUUCAUGUCCAAGUGUAAUUAAAAUAUUCACAGUUGCAUGGUCACGAUAUUGCCAAAGCUAUUGCUACUGUACAUCACCAAAUGCAUUUCUAAUGUUCAUGUUUGUGAUUUUUAACUUCUGAAUUGUUUAAGCUGCUUAUUGUGACAAUUAAUACAUGUAAUAUCUCUUAUGUAGGCA